CAAAUAUUAAAUAUCAAACUUAACAAAAGUUGCGUUCUUUUAUCAAAUUGAAGCAAGAAUUUUAACUCCAUAGUUUCUAAUGGCAUGGUUUCAGUGAAAGACAAAUCAUUUGCAUCAAGACAAUGAGAUUAUUAAAAUUUAAAAAUCUAAUAUUUUAACAAAAAUAAAAAAUAAAAUCAAACCAAAAAAAAAAAAGAAGAGAAUCAGUUAACCUUUCAUAUUUGAAAUCAAGUUCUUUUUCCUGAGAAGAUAUGGGAAGUGAAGUUGCAACUGAGCAGAAGCAGCAGUUGUAAACAGCCAUUAGAAAUGCAGGCAUGUUUUUUAUCAAGAACAUUGGAACUGGGUCCAACCAAACAGCAUGUUGUCAGUUGUAAUCUAUUUUCCCUAUUUUAGGGGUUUUUUUUAAUAUAUGUAAAAUAAACAUAUAGAAGAAAAAAAAUUAAAAAAAGAAACUAAAAAAAAAAAAAGGCGCUCAACAAGCACAAAAGCUAAAAGAGGCAUUGUUACCUGUGAAGCUAACCCACAAAGCUCUUUUCUUGCUUGUUUCUCUAUUAUCGGUUUGGUCAUAUGGUUUCUAAAAUCCAAUCAGAUUUCAGUUACUCAAUUUAAAACUGUAAAAGGGUAAAUCAGUUCUUCUUUUAUGUACAUAUAGAAGGCGUGUGUUUAAUUUCAUGGAUCGUCUCCGUCCUAGACAGAGACAGGUGUUCUCUGGCUUCUCCAAGACUGAGCCAGAUUGAAAAGAUGGAGCAAAUGCAUAAAGAAUCAAGGCAACCUAUCAACAAGGAAUUUUUCCAAAAAAUUGCAAGAAGUUUUAAUUACUCUUCUGCCCGUGCUGGGAAACCUAUUGUUAAAUGGACCGAGGUAGAAAGUUGGUUCCAAAAUAGGCAAAGGGAUUGCCCAUCCAGGGUGGCUUCUACAACUGAUGCUUCAAAAGGUGUUCCUUGCCCAAAAAGUGCUCCUUCAGAUGAGGCAAAAGAAAGUUCUCAAAUGCCUAAAGGAGAGAAAGCCUUCAAUUUAUCUGAGAUGGAAUUCGAAGCUAGGUCAUCAAAAGAUGGGGCAUGGUAUGAUGUUGAUAUGUUCCUAUGCCACAGAUAUCUUCCAUCUGGUGAAGCUGAAGUUCUUGUAAGAUUUGUUGGAUUUGGAGCUGAGGAGGACGAGUGGGUCAACAUAAAAAAAGAUGUGCGCGAGCGCUCUGUCCCGCUUGAGCAUUCAGAAUGCCAUAAGGUGCAAGUUGGAGAUCUCUUAUGCUGCUUCCAGGAGAGGAGAGAUCAGGCUAUAUACUAUGAUGCUCAUGUCAUAGGUAUUCAAAAGAAAAUGCAUGACAUAAGAGGCUGCAGGUGUCUUUUCUUGAUUCGAUAUGAUCACGACAAUACUGAGGAAAGAGUCCGAUUGAGGAGAUUAUGUCGCAGACCGACAUAUUAGUUCGAUCUUCUGAUAGUCCAAUUAUUGUUUUCCUUACCUUCAAACCAUAGAUAUUCUAGGCUGUGGUGGUUUUGAAUUGAUAACCUAAAGGGGCAUUCAACACAAGGAUACAGUAAGAAGCAUCGGCCGGUUUACUUUGUUAAACACGUGUUGAUGUUCAUCGUUGAUAUGUCAGACUCAUUAAGGCAAUUUUCCUGAUACAAUUUUUCUUUUCUUCUUUUAACUCAACCCCUCAAGAUUCAAAAUUGAAAUUGUUAGUGAUAAAAAUUCUUUUAAUGAAUUCAGCUCUUAAAGGGGCAACGUAUUGCGACCACUGGACAGCAGAAGUAUUUUUCUAAGCUCUGUGGCUAUGACUUCCAUAUUUCUUAAAAGAAAGGCAAGGACCUUGUAUCCUUUUGUUAAAUCUUCUACUAAUAUAUAUAUAUAUAUGUGGGUAUCUAUUUUUUGAUGUAGCUUUAAAUUUUAUUUGUCAACUUUGUGAAGUAUCUGUAGGAUAAUACGUUGGAAUUGUCCAUUUACAAACUUCUCAAAUAACCAACUUUAGUGACUUGGUUUUCGUUGAA